UAUUUGCCGUCCCUAUUUAGAGCAGGUAGGGGGACGGGUUACUGUUGCUCGGUUCCGGUCAAUGAGGUGCCGAUUGCCGAUGUGUUUUUGACAUUAACAUACAGUUUCUUUUGGUAAGGGAGCCUGCGAAUAGAAGUCGCGAAAUGAAGAGUGUCCAGUUUUUAUCCAUAUUUUUCUUCCUGGGAGCGUUUGCUCUUGCCGAUGAAGAUAAAAUUGAAACGGAAGAUGGAGUUUUAGUUUUAACCGAAGGCAACUUCCUCACAGCCUUUAAAAAACACGACUACAUCCUAGUGGAGUUUUAUGCUCCCUGGUGUGGACACUGCAAAGCCCUAGCUCCGGAAUAUGCAGCGGCAGCGAAGAUUUUAGAAGAACAAAAGUCAAAUAUUAAGCUUGCCAAGGUUGAUGCCACAGAAAAUCAAGAUCUAGCCAAAAAAUAUGCAGUUCGAGGCUACCCUACGUUAAAGUUCUUCAAAAGAGCAUACCAGAUAGACUAUACUGGAGGCAGAAAGGCUCAGGAGAUCGUGGACUGGGUCGUCAAGAAAAGUGGCCCCCUAUUUAAACAAUUGGAAUCAGUCGACGAGGCCAAGGCUUUUAUAGAAAACUCACAGAUAGCAGUAAUUGGAUUCUUCACAAAUCUAGAUGGCAGAUUUCAUGGCGCAUUUAAUCACAUCAUAGAAGAUGUUGAUGAAGUUGAAUUUGGCAUGACUUCCAACCCCGACGUAUUGGCUGAAUACAAGAUUACAGAGGACACAAUAUUGAUGUUCAAGAAGUUCGACGAAGAAAUUGUGAAAUAUGAGGGAGAUGAUAUCUAUACGAAUAUUAAAAGAUUCAUCGCAAUCAAUGCCCUGCCUUUCUUGGUAGAAUUCAACCAGGAAACUGCACAAAAGAUAUUCGGCGGCGAAAUUAAAAACCAUUUGCUGUUGUUUUUGAAAAAAGAUGAUGAGGACUAUCAAAGAAUUACCGAGGCUGCAAAGAGCAUCGCUAAGCCCUUCAGGGACAACGUGCUUUUCGUAACCGUCGAUGCCACUGAGGAAGAUCACCAGAGGAUUCUUGAAUUCUUCGGGAUGAAAUCUGAAGAAGUUCCAGCCGCUAGAUUGAUCCAUCUUGCCGACGAGAUGGCCAAAUACAAGCCACCAACGAACGAACUGACCGCCGAAAGCCUGAAGAAUUUCGUUCAAGACUUUUUGGAUGGCAAAUUGAAGCAGCAUCUUCUUAGCCAACCUUUGCCCGAAGACUGGGACAAGGAUGAUGUGAAAGUGCUGGUGUCUGAAAACUUCGACAGCGUCACUUUGGACAAAGAUAAAGAUGUGCUGGUUGAGUUCUACGCUCCCUGGUGCGGACAUUGCAAGCAGUUGCUGCCCAUUUACGAAAGACUAGCCAAACACUACAAAGAUAAUCCCAAUGUUGUUAUUGCUAAGAUCGAUUCUACUGCCAACGAAUUGGAGGACCACAAAAUCCUCAGCUUCCCUACCAUUAAGCUCUUUAAGAAGGAGACUAACGAGAUUGUGUCCUAUGUUGGGGCUAGGACGUUCGAAGCAUUGCUGAAAUUUGUCGACACUGGCAAGGAGGAAGAUGUGCACGGCGAAGCACCAGAAUACACGCCAGAAGAAGAAGACAUUGUCAGAGACGAACUCUAAGUAUAGCCGCAAUUUAAUUUUCAAACUAAAAUGUCUUAUUCUAGAAUAGGUUACUUGGAGUAAAUUUUGUAAAAAGCGGCAUAUGCGAUGGAGCUCUUAAGGACAUUCACUGGCUAUUUUUUUUAUAGAGAAAUAGUGAAUGGACUUUAUGUUUUGUAAUGAUUGUGAAGCGCAAAGCGGCUUUUUCAACCGGUUUCUGUGACAUCUCGCCAAAUUAAUUUAAUAGACAGAAAAUGUUGAAUCUCCAUUUUACGUCUGUAUAUUCGUACUUCCAUUUACGGAGACACUCAAAUUUGGAAAUCGCCGUUUUACUCAUAGUUACGUUGUUUAUUGUGAGAUUUUUAGUUUUCGUGCUGUCAUUUUUGCAGGUCUGGGCCCGGAACAUGGAAAACCAUGCUUGUAAGUGCAAUUAAACCUAAAUUGAUUAUGCCUACUUGCUGGCAUACUAUUGUCGAUUUUUUACUUUUAUAUUAAUUGUUUUGUUAACUCUUCGAUAUUUUAAUGUUUUUCUAACAGUAACGUAUUUUGCCUCGUACAUAUUUAUUCCAUUACAAGCACAAGCAACUAUAUCAAUUAAACAUGUGUAUAUACAAUUUGAGAUCAGCUGUUUUUCUUUUUUUAAUGGAUGCGUGAGGAAUUUAUUAGUGAAUAAAAUGUGUCUGAAUAAUCCUCAAUAA